AUGGCUAUGGAAGGCUUUAAUGUUACGAAGUUGAAUGAGGAGAGUCAAUUAAGGGAUGUGAUGAUUCAGACAAUCUGCAACACGUCUCCUUUGAACAUGAGUAGCAAACGUCUCAUCCAACUAAGGAGACAUUCUACAGUGGUGACCUUGGCAGUAGGCGCAACAUCGUCAGGCAAUCCAUCUUCAUCCAGAACUGCGCCCAGUUCACAGAAUGUUCCUGAUUUUCGAUUCACCGAUGAACAGCUACAAAAAUCCAAAACUCACCUCAACACUGCUGGUCCAAAAGAGGCCUCUGCUGUCAAAAUUUCUGAUGCCAAAUACCAUUCCGAAACUUCAGCAUCCCUUGCUCCGAAGCACCGUGUUCCGUUCCAGUAUACUCAUGACCGCUUACAAACUUGGGGCCACGCUUAUUUUGGAAAUAUUGCUACCGCCGAUGCUUUCGUCAAUGCUACAAAUAGCAAUCAGGCGGCAGUCCCAAUCCAGUAUGCUUUACAUUAUCUCCCGGUUUUGGCGGCUUUGAUGCUAUCAGGACACAUUCGGAAGGGCGAUUCCAUUGAUCUCCCUUUACCCAGCCCCAAAGUAUGGAUUGACACAAUCGCUUAUGUUUAUACUGGCCAAGGGGAAGUCACAUUAGCCAUGAAGGAGAACAUUGUGUUUCUAGCGGGACGGGUAGAAAGCGAAGGCUAA